UUGUCUAGUUGUUUCUUAGUGCAUUGUAAGGCAUUUCACAGUAAAUAAACGAAAAAAUGAUUUGGAAAAUUAUACUUUUGUUGUCGUGUUUUCAUGUUUUAGUGAACGCUGGUGGAAAUUGUUCAGGCGGGACAUCGGCACCGACACCACAUAGAACAAUUGCAGAUUGGAAAAAUGAACUAGUGGCAAAUCCCGUUUUAAAUUGGGACCAUUUGAUAUGUUUCCCUAAAGAUGAUGACAAAGAAGCUGUAGUGAGAGCAUUGAUUUAUAGUGGAUGUCCAACUGAGAGUUUGCAACAUCUUCUUGACACCAGCCAUUGGAAUACGUGGCCUAUUCAAAUAAAAUCAGCUGACGAUCCUUUUAUUAGCAAAACAAAUAUGAAUAGGUUGUCACUUUAUCGUAUUCUAAAUACACGAGUAGUAUAUGUGGCCAAUUCUCAAAGACCAGUAAAGGUGAAUUUUCCAGGACUCAUAUUCAUUUUCAACAGCAUUUAAUCAAUGGUGGCUUCUGAUUAAAAUGGACCCAGAAGAAUUUAAUUUUACCGGCUAAAAAAACCAUUAACUCAAACAAUAUAUACUGAUAGUGAAAAAUCGAAUUUGUUUUAAAAAUUAAUACAAUUUUAGUUGAUUUAUACAUGAUUUUGUAAACCUUAUUUGUUUACAUACCUGAUACAUAAAGCAUACUACGCAUAGUACUCUUCAGUAUUUAAAAAGCCCUAAAUUACUUGUUUUUCAUAAUGUUGCGAUUCAUUUUCUCACAUUGUUCAGAUCUCAAAAUG